AAAUUGCUCAGAAUAUUCUUCAAGUUUGAAAGAGACUCGUCGCUUGCAUCCAAGUGCUUUCCAAGGCCAUCAGCCAUCCCUGGACAUCCCAUAUUGUCUUCACUUCCUACUCGGCAGGGGAGUUGCUGUGUAUUGUUCCAGCUUGUACACUUGUGAACUUUCAAAGCAUCAGCGAGUCAGGAAAGCGGCGUCAAAGCAUUCCAUCCGGCGAUUUGGGGAACCGGCAUGGGCCUAAAACAAGAUGACGCCCAGACAGCAAUAUGAACACUCAACAGGCCUCCAUCUCCACGCGGGUGAAGAUUUGGUUUGAUGCUAUCCCGCUAGUCACCAGGUCUGUGCUGGUUCUCUGUGUGGGAGUCUACAUCUUUGGCCUCUUGACGGGCUUUGACGACCAUGCGGCUGUCUGCCUAAACCCUCACAUCCUUGUGGAGAGGUUUCAGGUCUUCAGGCUGUUCACAUCAGCAUUCUUCCAUGCGGGGCUGCUGCACAUCGGCUUCAACAUGCUGGCAUUUGUGCCCGUUGCCAUGUCACUGGAGCGCCAACUGGGCUCCCUGCAGACCCUGCACCUGCUCCUGAUGCUUAUCCUUGUGGGCGACAUCUUCUACAUCUCAGCCUCCUACCUGGCAUCAUUUGUGCUGGCAGAUGCGCGCAGCUACCUGGCCAGCUGCGCGAUAGGUCUGUCAGGGGCAAUUUUUGGGCUGAUAGUGGUGGACAACGCAUGCAGCGGCGCGCAGACCCGCUCCAUCUUUGGCAUGUUCACAGUUUCAGCCAAGUGGUACCCCUGGGCGCUGCUGGUAUUCUGGCAAUUGCUCAUGCCGGGGGUGUCUUUCCUGGGACACCUGGGGGGUGUGUUGGCGGGGCAGGCCUACGUGUGGGGCUGGCUUCGGUGGCUGAUGCUGUCAACCUCAGCCUACCAGGCGGCGGAGGGGUGGAGGGGACUGGACUGGUGCAGGCGCUGGGACUGCUACAUCGCGCACACGGGAGCGGGGGCCCACCCCCCGGCCAUGCAGCUGCCGACCAGCUACAACGCUAGCGUGCAGGCGGACUCCGGCCUGGCCGGCGCACUGCAGCGGCCGGCUGCAUGGCUGCAGAGCACGUGGUCGUCCCCUCUGCGCGGCA